UGUUUUUCAUCUAGUCCUGCUGGAAGUUGGUUGCUGAAAGCUCUGUUACAUUUGAAACGUUUAUUCGUUUUUUGUUGUUGUUGUUGCGUACUUUUCCAUUAAAUUAUGUUGCGUCCUAAAGCACUAACACAAGUGCUCAGUCAAGCAAACACAAGUGGCGUACAAAGCACAUUAUUACUGAAUAAUGAAGGCUCCCUGUUGGCCUACUCUGGAUAUGGAGACACUGAUGCAAGAGUCACUGCAGCUAUUGCUAGUAACAUCUGGGCGGCCUAUGACAAAAACGGACAUCAAGCCUUUAAUGAGGACAAACUGAAAUUUAUUCUGAUGGAUUGUAUGGAGGGCAGGGUGGCCAUUACCCGUGUUGCUAACUUGUUGCUUUGCAUGUACGCCAAAGAAACCGUAGGAUUUGGAAUGCUUAAAGCCAAGGCGGAAGCUCUAGUGCAGUACCUUGAAGAACCACUAACACAAGUGGCAGCAUCAUAGGGUGUUUUUUAAAUACUUUUGACAACUUGUAUUUAUGUUCAUUAAAUGCCAGUUACAUAUUUUGAACAGAAUCUUCUCAAGUAAUUACCCGU